UAUUUUUGUAAAGCGAACUAAAUCUCUCACCAUGGUUUUGUACUUUCAAAGCAACGUUGUCUCACCGCCGUACACCAUUUACAUGGGCGCAGAUAAACACGAAAACGAGGAGUUGAUAAAAUGGGGAUUUCCAGAGGAUGUUUGGUUUCAUGUUGAUAAGUUAUCAUCAGCCCAUGUAUAUCUUAGAUUACAAAAGGGUGAAACUCUAGAUGACAUUCCUAUGACAGUUUUAACCGACUGUGCACAGCUUGUAAAAGCCAACAGUAUUCAAGGAAACAAGAUGAACAAUAUUGCUGUUGUGUAUACACUCUGGGGUAACUUGAAAAAGACAGCCGACAUGGAGGUUGGACAAGUGGGUUUUCACAGUAAUAAAGAGGUGCGGAUCAUCAAAGUUGAAAAAAGAGUAAAUGAAAUAGUGAACAGAUUGAAUAAGACAAAAGAAGAAAAGUUUCCAAACCUACGAGAGGAAAGGGAGGAGAGAGAUAGACUGGAAAGAGAAGAUGGCAAACAGAAAUUAAGAGAACAAAGACAGAGGGAAAAAGAAGAAGAGAAAAGAAGAAAAGAAGAAGCUGCAUUGAGGAGCUAUGACUCUUUAAUGGACUCAAGAAAAAUGAAAUCCAAUAAGGAUGAUGAAUCAGAUGAAGAUGAUUUUAUGUGAAGAAACUGGAAUACUUAUUUUGUCAGUAUUUUGGACAAGAAUAUAAAAUUCUCCAACAAGAUGAAUGAACUGCACCUGCUUCUUUAUUAAAUUUAUACCCUGAAAGGAGAGUUUUUAAAGAGCCCUGAGGAAUGUUAAGUACAGUGGUACUCUAUAAUUAAUUUGCAAAGAACACAAGGCCAAGUGGCAAAACAGAUCACCAAAAGAGUAAACUGAACUCUACAGAAGACCAUAAACAUUCCAUCAUGGUUUAAGAGAUCUUCACUAGAAUUUGUGUCAGUUCAUGGUAAAAUGGAAAUAAAAGAAAUGAUAUAAAUAAUUGUUUGGUUAAGAGGAGAAACCCAGGACUACAGCAAAUCAUCUGGUCACACCUGCUACAAAU